AUGGCCAGCACUUACAGCCGUGUCUCCAUGUCCUCAUCUGGCUCCAUGCGUGGGGGGUCCUCCAUGGGCGGAGGGCUCUCCAUGGGCGGAGGGAUGUCCAUGGGCUCUUCCGGACUCUCCCUGUCUGGAGGUAGUGCCCGCAUGAGCGUCAUGAGGGCCGGGAGCGUGUACGGAGGGGCAGGUGGCGCUGGCGUGCGCAUCUCUGGCGCCUCCCGGACCCUCUCCAUGGGUGGCGGCGGCGGUGGUGGCUACGGCUUCUCCUCCGGCGGAGGGUACGGAGGAGGCUACAGCAUGUCCAGCAGCAUGGAAGGAGGCGUCAUCGGCAACGAGAAGUUCACCAUGCAGAACCUCAACGACCGCCUGGCAUCCUACCUGGUCAAGGUGCGCACCCUGGAGAAGGCCAACGCCGAGCUGGAGCUGAAGAUCAGACAGUACAUGGAGAGCAAGACUGGACCUGCUGCCCAUGAUUUCAAGGGUCACUUUGGAGUCAUCAAUGACCUCAGGGGCAAGAUUCAGGCAGCUCUUCUGCUUAAGGGCAGUGUGCACCUCAACAUCGACAACGCAACUCUGGCAGUGGAUGACUUCAGGGUCAAGUAUGAAGCUGAGCUGAACAUGCGUCAGUCUGUGGAGGCAGACAUCGGUGGACUGAGGAGAGUGCUGGAUGACCUCACCCUGUCCAAAUCCGACCUGAACAUGCAAAUCUCUGGCCUACAGGACGAGCUGGCAUACAUGCAAAAGACCCACCAGGAGGACCUGCUGACCAUACGCGGUCAGGUGAGCGGACAGGUGCAUGUGGAGGUGGACGCGGCACCUCAGGAGGACCUGACUAAGAUCAUGACAGAAAUCCGCGAACACUACGAAGCGGUCGCCGUCAAGAACAGGAAAGAGCUUGAGACGUGGUUCCAGGCCAAGACAGAAUCUCUACAGAAAGAGGUGAAGACAAGCACAGAAGUCCUGCAGACAUCCAGAACAGAAAUCAGCACCGUCAAAAGCACAUACCAGGCGCUGCAGAUUGAGCUGCAGUCCCUACUGAGCAUGAAAGCGUCCAUGGAAGGCACGCUGGCGGAGACUAAGAACCGCUACGGUGGCAUCAUGGCUGGGUACCAGUCUCAGGUGAGCAGCCUGGAGGCCCAGCUCACCCAGCUGCGUGCAGACCUGGAGAGCCAGAGCUCCGAGUACAAGAUGCUCCUGGACAUCAAGACCAGGCUGGAGCUGGAGAUCGCAGAGUACAAGAGGCUGAUGGACGGAGAAGCAGUCAGCUCGUCAUCCUCCAGCUCCAGUUCCAGGACCAAAUAUGUCACAGUGGUGGAGGAAGUGGUGGACGGACGGGUAGUGUCCUCGUCCAGCAGUUCGACCUCGUCCUCCGCAAUCCGCAGGUACUGAUGAACCUGCUUCUGUGGGCCUCGGAAACUCCUC